GACUCCUAUCGGCGACAAGUGGUACUCUCUCCGCCGCGGCAACCUCAAGGCCACCCACUGGCAGGAGGUCGCCGACGCCGUCGCUCACCGCUGCCCCGCCGCUUCUCCUCCCAAGACCGCCGUCCAGUGCCGCCACAAGAUGGAGAAGCUACGGAAACGGUACCGGACGGAGAUCUCGAGGGCCAAGUCCAUGCCUUUGUCCAGAUUCACCUCUUCCUGGGUCCACUUCAAGCGGAUGGACGCCAUGGAGAAGGGUCCCGCGGCUGCUAAGAGGGAGAACUCGGAGAGUCCUGGGGAGGAGGACGAGAAUGAUGAGAAUGAGGAAGAGGACGAUCAGGAUCAGGAGCUGUAUGAGGAGCUGAGAUAUGGGUCGAAUAUGAAGAGCAUGAGCAAGUUGUAUAGAAAUGGAGUUGGGGUUGGAGGCAGUGGUGGAAGUAGUGGAGGUGGGUUUAGGAUUCGGAUCCCAACUGGGGUUAGUAUAGCUCAGCCCGGGACCAAGGUUUAUCCGAAAAUGGAUCCGAAAUUCGGGUUGAAUUCGAAUUCGGGAUCGGGUUCAGGGCCGGGGUAUGGGAGUGCUAAGGUGAUGAGGGAGUGUGGGAAUUCGGUGAGGCCUGGAUUGGGGAAAAGGGAGAGGGAGGGGAGAGAGAGGGAGAGAGACCCCGUGGCGGAGAUGGUUUCGGCGAUCAAGGUUUUGGGAGAUGGGUUUGUGAGGAUGGAGCAGAUGAAGAUGGAGAUGGCGAGGGAGAUCGAGACGAUGCGGAUGGAGAUGGAGAUGAAGCGGACCGAGAUGAUUUUGGACUCGCAGCAGAGGAUUGUGGAGGCUUUUGCCAAGGCAGUUUCGGAGAAGAAGAAGAAGGCCAAGCGAAUGCCCUCCCCGGAGGCAUAGCUGGGCUUGCAGUGGUUGAGUUUCGGGAAAUUCUAAAAGACGAAUGAGCUUCCUGUUCAUAGCAGCCAAAUGCGUUUGCAUCUUAGGGACUAAGAUUGUGAGUUAUUAGUUGUAAGUUCUGUGUUUAACUUUCGCUUUCGAGCCACUUUUUACAAUUAUUUUCCUUUUAAGUCAUGAGGAGAAUGUGAAACUUGAUCACUUUAGCUUGAUUCUGCUCCUUUGUAGCGAUUGUAGCUUAAUCUUUGUAGUUUCUAGUUCGUGUAGUGGAGGAAAACUAUGUAGAAUAGUUGUUGUCUCUCUGUUUAUCUCUUGGUUUAAUGCAUAGAAGCUCUAGCUGUUAAAAUCUUACUCUUUUCUUUUGAUCCGAUAGUAAGAAUGCUUGCUUUAUAAAAAUGGGAAGAGGAUUCUUUUGUUU